AUGACGUGUGCACGCUGGUGCUCUUUCGACUGCGGCUACUCCUCAUCCUUCGCUGGUGCUCGCAUGGUGCUCGUCUGCACCGCCGGGCUCCCGUGGUGCCCUGCCGGCACACAGCGUCUGCGUCGAAUGGUGACCACAAGGUGCACGCAGGAGGGAGGAGGAGGAGGAGGAGGAGGAGAGGAGGAGGAGGAGGAGGAGGAGGGGGAGAUCGAGCUUCUCGGUGCGCGUUAUGGCUGCAAGCGCCAGUGCGCAGCGACUUGGCCUGCAGAGGGGCGGCGGCGGCGCGGCACGGCGCGCGCCCGCGCCGGGGGGACGACAGGAGGUCUGGGCAUGCGGCAGCGCUCUGCGGUGACCGCGAGCGACGCGGCGCUCGCACGGCUGUGGUGCCGAAGGCGAAGGGCUACAUUCGCUUCAGGAGCACAGCGAAGAGCAUGUGGGAACAUGAAAAGGAAAGGGGGCGGGGGGGCGGGGGAGGAGAGGAAGAUGGGGAUGAGGGGCGGUGGGUCCGGUCAUCCGGCUGCUGGCGGGCCAAGCCACGCAAAAGGAGCUCAAGGGAGAAAGUAUCCGACGCGAGCGCGGCUGCUUACUGAGUGAUGCCUGUGCUCUUGCCGAACUGGGGCCUGCGGCUGCAGCUCGCGCGCCGAGACCAACAACAAUGUAACUUACGUGGUGCCGAGAAAACGCCGCGCCAGCCUUGCCCUGCGACCCUGGCGUGGACAGAGACCAUUCUCGGGGACCAUCACUUGCCAAGAGCGCGGCCGAACGCCGGGCUGCUCACAGCGCUAUACAAGGACAAACGCCUGCGGCCUCCUCGCGCAGACCGCUGGUGCGGCACACCCCGCGCCGAGGUGGGGCGAUGCCGCGCGGCCGGCCCGGUGAGAACAGCCGAUCGGGCCAGAGGGGGAUGCUCGGACCCAUCUAUAGAGACGAGGCGAAGGCCUCCGGCGCACGCCGCGGCGCCCCCGCACAGAAUGCCCCCCCCAGGGGUGAAACGGGCGGCCCCCCGCCUGCCCAAGGCGCGGGGGGGCCGCCGCGGCCAGGCCGGGGCCCUUUCGGGGGGCCCCGCCGCUCGCGGGGCCCCCCACGGUGCACCUCGGCAUUCC